CGGAGGCCCCCUGCGAAGGGGAAUGAUGGUCAUGGGCCGCAUUGCAAGCAUUUUGCCAACACGACGGAGCAAAUCCGCCAUAACGGCAGAGCGACUUGAAGUAGGGUGGAUAUGGUUUCACAAAGGCCCAUUUCUUCGAACAUGCGGCGAGAACAGGCCGGGUGACUGCCGGUUUUUCAAGGGUUUGUUUCCAUGGCAUCACCCCAGCCAUCCCUUGCAGCCCCUCUUCAUGUCCAACACUUGGAGAAAGCUCUACGUUUGGAUCCCUUCCUCAGUUACUUAGAGGGUGUCUUUACGGAUCCUUACUCCACGAAUAUAAGUGACGAUGACAGUGAAUUGGGUGACAACGAAGAAGAGCCACUCCCUAAGGGUGAAGAAGGCCUGCUAAAUGGUGUCACUGAUGGGAUGAUAAUAAAUGGAUCCUUGAGUCGUGAUGAACUCAGAAUUGACAAAACAAGAUUAUACAACUUCAGCAAAAUAAAGAAAGACAGAAGAUGGCUGAAGGAGGUGCUUUUGAGUGACAGUUCUGACACCUCAUGUGAUGAGGAUGAUGAAGCACCUUUGACAGAAGAAGAUCUUCAAGAGAUGCUCUGGCUUCACAAGCAACAAAAAAUUGCUCAACAAAUGUACUGCCUUGACAAAGAUGUAAGUUGCUGUGAUGUGUGCAAUAGCAUUAUAGACUCCAAGCUUUAAUGUGAAUGACCCAAAUUCUUUUGGUUUGAAACCAAACUCAAAUGGAAUGAGAAUCAACCUCUGAAUUAAACUCACUUUCAAUCAAAGGCUCCUGUGAGCAGGUCAUGGAUGAAUGUUUCCUUUUGUCUCCGUUUGAAAACGAGUCUUUGUGCGAAACCUUUCACAUAAAAAUGAGUUAAUGAACCUGUAGGCGAAAGUCAUAUGAAUGGU